UCUAAAACGAACUGUGAUUUCGGUUGUCGGAAUGGGUGGACUUGGCAAAACCACUCUUGCCAAGAAGGUUUAUGAAAAUAUGAGAGUGGUGAAACACUUUGAUUGCCAUGCUUGGAUCACUGUGUCUCAAUCUUUCUAGAUGGAGGAGCUGCUGUGCAAUAUGAUAGAGAAAUUCUAUCAAGCAAGGAAGGAAAAAGUUCCUGAGGAUAUCAACAAAAUGGACAACGUGCGGCUGAUUACCCGAGUCAGGGAAUAUUUACAAGAUAAAAGGUACGUGGUUGUUUUUGACGAUGUAUGGGAAGUAGGAUUUUGGGGUCAUAUUACACCUACGUUACCAGAAAAUAAAAAAGGCAGCAGGAUAAUAAUCACUACCCGUAAUGAUGACGUAGUCGCUGGUUGUAAGGAUGAUUACAUCCACAGGCUGCCACAUCUUUCACCUGAUAGUUCCUGGGAACUCUUUUGCAAGAAGGCAUUUCAGGGUAGUUGUCCCCCAGAAUUAAAGAAAUUAUCUGAUGAUAUUGUCAAAAGAUGUGGAGGACUGCCACUAGCAAUUGUAGCAAUUGGUGGUCUUUUGUCAAGAAAAGAGAAGAUUGUGUCAGAAUGGAGAAAAUUCAGUGACAGCCUUGGGUUUGAGUUGGAAAGUAAUUCCCAUCUUGAAAGUAUCAAUACCAUUCUCUCUCUCAGUUAUUAUGAUCUGCCUUACCAACUCAAGUCCUGUUUCUUGUAUUUGGCAAUCUUUCCAAAGGACUACACAAUUAAAUGUGGGAUCCUUACUCGGCUGUGGAUUGCUGAGGGCUUUGUAAAGGCGAAGAGAGGUGUGACGCUAGAAGACACUGCAGAAGAAUUCUUGACUGAGCUCAUACACAGGAGCUUAGUUCAAGUGUCACAGGUAUAUAUUGAUGGAAAUAUUAAAAGAUGCCACAUUCAUGACUUGAUGCGUGAGAUUAUUCUCAAAAAGGCUGAGGAGUUGAGUUUUUGUUCUGUAAUGGCUGGAGAAGCCUCGUGUUUUGAUGGAAGAUUUAGGCGCCUAUCAAUUCAGAAUAGCUCAAAUAAUGUUUUAGACAUUACCAGUAAAAAGUCUCACAUCCGCUCCAUUUUUCUUUACAACUCUGAGAUGUUUUCUCUGGAGACAUUGGCUUCAAAAUUUAAGCUUCUGAAAGUAUUGGAUCUUGGUGGUGCUCCUUUGGACAGAAUUCCUGAAGAUUUGGGAAAUCUGUUUCAUUUGAGAUACUUAAGCCUGAGAAAGACAAAAGUCAAGAUGCUUCCAAGGUCCAUAGGUAAACUACAAAACCUACAGACUUUGGAUUUGAAAUAUUCCUUUGUGGAAGAUCUUCCUGUUGAGAUCAAUAGGCUUCAAAAACUGCGCAAUAUUCUAUGCUUUGAUUUUUCAUAUAAUGCUGAUUUGAGAGUGGAUUUUGUUAGAGGAGUGCAUGUAAAGGAGGGUAUUGGGGGUUUGGAAGACUUACAGAAACUAGAUUCUGUUGACGUAACUUAUGGGGUGCCGAUAAUAACAGAGUUGGGAAAGCUGAGGCAGUUGAGGAAGCUGGGUAUUACAAAACUUUCUAGAGGAAAUGGGCAGCGUUUAUGUGCCUCCAUUUCAGACAUGGUCCACAUUAAAUAUUUGUCUGUUUGUUCGUUGAGUGAAGAUGAGAUUCUGGAUUUACAAUUUGGAACUGGUUAUGGUGUUGUUCCAUUUGUGUACAAUGGUUCAUGCCGAAAGGAGCUUGCUUUCCAUGGAGUUGUAAGUACUGCCUAUAACUUGUUUGAUGAAAUGCCAUUUCGAGAUAUGGGCUCUUGGAAUGCAUAG